AUGGAAACAGAUAUUGAAUUAUUAAGUAAGGCCAAGGUCAGUAAUGAUAUUGAGGAAAUUAUACGAUUGCUCAAGAAGAUUGGUGGACAGCUUUGGGGAAAGGUUAAUGAAGAAAGUGAGAUCACCUUGCAAACGGCUGAUCGUUGUUUAUCCAUUUACAAGAUUUAUAAGGCAACUAACAAAAUAGCCAAAGAUGAUUUGACAGCACAGGAGACAUCAAUAUUAAAAGAAUUUUUUUUAAAAAGAGUAAUGCAGUCUAGUGGGGAACCAAUAAAAUUUUCCUCUCGUAUCGAUGAACUUAAAAAAACCCUAGGAAGAAUUCAGCAUGAUCAAGCAAAGGAUAUUAUCUGUCAAGUCCAGGAGGCCAAAAAUAAUUCUGAAAAAGUUUGUAUAAUUAAAGAAGGUUAUCAGAAGCUCAAUCGAUCGUUGCAUAAAUUGCUUUAUGACAUCACCGAACUUGCAAUUGUUACUAUUUGCGGUAAUAGAAUUAACGAACAAGAAUUUGCGGUUGUGCUAUUGGGAUCGUGGGCAAAAGGUACGGCCACGCCGUAUUCAGACAUUGAGUUCUGCAUUUUAAUCAAGGAUCAUGAUCCAAAAUUGAAAGAAACAUUGCGCCGGAUAGUAUAUCUGAUGAACUUCAUUGUCAUCGGUAUGGAGCAAACAGCACUUCCUUGGAAUCUAUUUCAAAUUCCCGAUAAAAUAAACGGCAUCGACUUUGAUGAUCUGCUAAAACCGGGAUUUCAAUUUGACCUUGGAGGAAAAACACCGAUAGGGCGUUCAGAUAAAGAUUAUGACUUAAUUCAAACACCUCAAGAUAUGGCAAAUUACAUUAAUUCUAGAACGCUAGAGAAAGAUCCCUUGCUAGUUGCCGAAUUGAUCGAUUGUCAGCUCUUAAUUGGCAAUGAAAAUCUAUAUAAAGAAUAUAAGAAAAAAAUCAACCAACAGUUAUUAUUCAAAGGAGACAUGGAUCAAUUACCUUUUCAUAAAUGGAUGGCUAGGGUUCUGCUUCAAAUUGGCACAAAAAGUUUACAGGCUGAUUUAAAAAAAUAUAAGAUUCACAUCGAUAGAGUCAGUGAUGAAGGAAGAUUACUGAAUAUCAAAGCUGAAAUUUAUCGCUUGCCUGAUCGUUUGAUUGAAGGGCUAAGGUUGAUUUUUGCGACAUCUGGCGAAACUUUAUGGGGCAAAAUUUCGGGACUCUUGCAAAAAAAUAUUAUCAGCCAAGCAGGAGCAACUCAACUCGAGUUCAUGACAGCCGUGGCCUUACAAACCCGCCUGUUUACCUAUCUCACUCACGGUAGCCAAAGCGAAUUGCAAGGAAUUUGGGACACCACAGUUACUCCUAGUGGUAUGGAUGUUGGAAAUUUUUUUGGUAUAAGUGAUAUUUCGAACCUGGUUAAAUUUUAUCAAAUUGCAAUUCCCCUUUAUCAGUUUGUACAAACGAGUGUCAGCAAAGAACACUCUUUACCAAUCAAUGAGAGAAAAAGCUUCUUUGACGAGAAAUUAACAACGAAAGCGACAAUCUGUUUUAGGUUUAUGCUUUAUCGGCAGGCCGAACUAUUGCUAACCGAAGCGCCGCAGACAGAGGAUUCUUAUUUUCAAUUGUUUCGCUUGUAUUUUCAUUUAGGGAAGCCUCAGUUGGCUUAUGAGUUUUAUGAAAAAUAUUUAGAAUGUAGAUCUCUGGAAGUAAUUGAUCGUUUUAACUUGGGUUACCUCAAAUUGGCAUUGGGAAAUCACAAAGGAGCGCUCGAUGAAUUUAAUCUUGCAGUUUGUGAACUUGAGAUGAAUGAACAGGAAUUAUCCAUGGAAAGUGUGCAGGCAUAUUGCAGUAUUGCUCAGAUUGAAUGUCUGUUAGGAAAUUCAUCGGCCGAACAUCAUAAUCUCAAGAAAGCCAGUGAUAUUAUCGAGUGCUUAUCUGAAAAAAAUAAAAGUUACGUGAUGAUUGAUUUUUAUCUUGGAUACGCAAGGUUGCAUGCAAGUCAAAACCAAUUCCACCAAAGUAAACAUUACAUACAACAAGCUCUCGAUCACACGAAUAAGAUUUAUGACAAACAAGCACACGUUAAACUCGUUGACAUUUACCAACGAGCAGCUGAAAUUUUGCAGCAGUACAAUCAAUGGGAACAAGCAGUGGACUACAAGGUUUUAUCAAUCAAGAUGCUCAAUACACUUUAUGUAGGGAAAGUUGUGGCCCAGUUACUCGACUCUUACAUUAGCCUCGCCGAUACUUUAUGCCUUAUGGGAAAAUUCAAUCAGGUCGAAGAGCAUCUAUCUCACGUCACCUCUCUGCUGCCUAAUGUGGAACAUGAACUCACGAACAGGGUGCUCACUUUUAAACUUCUUCAUGGGUACAUGAAAGUUUAUCAAGCGAGAGGGAGCUAUCAAUGGGCCUAUGAUAAGUAUGUAGAAGCAAUUAGUGUGUAUGAAACAUCUCUUAAGGGAAAUCCUUAUUAUCGGUUGCAACUCGCUAAAUUCUACUUGGAUGCAUUUGAGACUUGGAUUAAUUUCGACAAGAGAGAGGAGGGUAAGCAGAGAUUACUUGAGGCUAUCGGAAUUAUUACCGAACAAUGCGGGGAAAGCCAUAGCGAUCUUGCGAAAGCUUAUUGUCAAUCGGCCAUCUUAGACAUGGAUCAAGGUCAAAAUGAGUUUGCAGAGGAAAGACUUUUACAAGCAUAUAAUAUCUAUGAGAAACUACCUAAAAUUUAUCCCAAUUAUCUUACCACCAUAAUGAAAUUAUUGACUAUCUUCAAAUGUGAGGAGAGUGCAUUAUUGUACGCCGAGAAACUUUAUCUGCAUGCUGAGAAAUUGCAACCAAGCCUAGUUUUAGAGGCUAUCAUGUGUUUCCUUGAAACCUCAUUGAAUCUAGCCAACUAUCAAAGGAUUAUUCCGUAUAUUGAGGAUGUGACUACAAAGAUUAAUAAAUUAGAUGUAACUUGUUCAAUAAGUGAACUUGAAAAAUUGAAUUAUGAAAUGCUUGAAAGUAUGCUAAAAAUUAAAAAGAUCAAACAAAAAUUGCUGAUGGUACAGAUAAUGCCAUACCUUUCCAAUGAUGAAAAAACUAUACAAACAUCAAUCAUAUUAAAACAACGCAUAAUAAAAUAUAAGGGCGAAGGUGAUAUAUUAUUAAAGAGUAUCAUGACACAUCGACCUGAUUUGAUUAAACUUAUAGAUCGUUAUGCGGAAUUGAUCAAGGAAGGACAACAACUGUUGGAUGAAAUACGCAUACAGCUACCACGAGAUCCUUUGGAAAUCGGUUUAAUGAAUGUGAAAGAACCAAUCCCCAAAUUUGAUGCAAGAAACUAUUUACUGAAUAUGCUUUCAAAGUACGCCAUCGAUUACGUUGACGAAACCGAGCUUGAACAACUGUUAGGUCUCUCAGGACAAUUUUCUAUGAUAAUAAAUAUGGCUACAGCUUACAUUUCAAUUUCAAAGUCAAAGAGUAUCAAAGAAUAUUGUGAUCUCAUCAUAAAUUUUAAAGGAGAUAUUCAAAACUUAUCUCUGACUUUGAAAAAUGAAGCCUAUAUUAAUUCUUGUGCUGUAUUUUUGCACAACAGACAGGCACUUAUGAUAUUAACUGAAGACAAUAACAAUGAUCUCCAGGAAUUACUCAUAAAGAACAAAAUGGUAUUUUAUUUAAUGCAUAUUAUCGGCGAUAAAGCACCUGAAGCUUUCAUCAAACAUACAUUAAUUCAACUGGGCUUAAAUGAAGCGCGUGCGAAUCAAUCAAUCACUAUUUUACUUAUUCUAAAUUUGCUGGGAAGAGAAAAUAAUUUGGUCACUAUACCUAGUUUUAUUGAGGCAUUUCUAUGCUCGGAAUUUCGCGAUAAAUAUUUGCCGUUGGUUUUGCAGGCAAUCAUCGUAACAUGUUACUCGCAUCUAGAAUGUUCGAGUCAAGUCAAUUCGGAAUUAGAAAUAGUGAUGGAUAUCUACCGACGGGCCCUGUUAAAAUUCUAUGAAUUUCUCAUGCGUAACCAGCAUAGCGAGAUAUAUAAAAAUUUUAGGGAUUUUGUCAUUGAACAUCUUUAUCACCUGAGCAGUAUUUGUGACGACUCUCACAGAUCUGAUCAAAAAACUUAUUUAAAUUUAUUGAUUGAUUUGUAUGGUAACUUGGAUAAAAAUACCAUAGUGUAUGCGGAAAUCAUUACCUUGCUUUCUUUUGCUGAACGAAAUGCCUCAAACUACUCUCGGCAUUUAGAACUUCUCCAAGAAGCUCAUCUCAUUAAAUCUCGUUUAUACGAGAGCGAUAGUCCUUUACUGGCAAUCAGCUUACUUAAUCUCGCUCGCGCAUUUGGAGAUAUAAAAAAUAAUGCUAAACAAAGGGAAUAUAGCGCAAAGGGUUUGGAAAUAUUAAAAAAAGAUUACGAUUCAAGUUAUGAUAACUUAACGUCCGAAGAGAAAAUUAGAAAAGAAGUAGAUAUAGUCAAUGCUAUGAUGAACUUUGCGACAGGGCAUGUAUGGUUUGACAAUUCGCUUUUUGUGAAAUUACUCGAAGAAUGCCUGGAUUUUUAUAAUAGUCAUAGCCUCAAUAGACCUGAUGUUAAAGAAGGCAUAUUGUCGAAAUUAAUUAAUGCCUAUGUUACUCAGGAUCCUGACAAGGCACUGGAAAUAUAUCAGCAAUGGGAAUCUUUGCAAGAACACGGUCAGGAAGGGACUCAGGCAUAUGCCUUUAAUGUUGGACUUGUUUUGACAAAUACAGGAAUGGCACUCUCAAAGAAGUCCAUUGGCUCUGUGUUGAAUAUGCUUGAUUCGACUGAUAUUUCAGAUGUAACAGUCAAUAAUGCCAAAAUAUUAAAUUUGCAGGCACGUCAUAUUAUCGAGAAGGCUACUUGUUUGCUUGCAGCCUAUUAUCCAAACAACCAUUACAUAUUUACGCAGGCAUCAAACGCGUUGACCAGCACAAGAGACGUGGAAAACAUUUUGCGCUCUAUUCAGAAGUCGAUUGAAG